ACGGUUGUGGAAAUUACUACACCUCGUCUAUCAAAAUAUGUCAGGUGUCGACCAUGUAUGACAUAUGUUUUCCGUGUCCAGAUUAACUUUGACAAGCCAACGUCCAACUAUCAUUACAUUCUUCAUGUGGAUAUCAGUCGGAUCACCAGAUGUACACAGUUCGUGAAAAUGGGAUUGAUGGGUUUUCGAUUAUUGUUGGCAAUGCUAACAACAGCUGCAGUUGCUGACGCAUAUCAACCAAAAGGAAAGGGUUAUAGCAUUCUACGGGUUCACCCAAAGGGAUCACUUCCAGUUCACCCAAAGGGAGAUAUCGUCGCAAUUAACAAUACUCGUCACUUGGAGAAGCCCUUACUUCCUCAGCUUCCACUGCAUUUAAACCCAAAGGGUUCAUUUCUCCAUGGUCACAGACGUUUAACACCUGUCAACCCAACAGGAGCUAUAUUACCUUCAAGACCUUACUCACCACGUUACAAUCUGCGAGGGUCCUACCCGCCUGUGCGUCCUAAAGGUCAGCUAGAACCAAACACCCCACUAGGAUUACAUCAACCUUUGUACCCUAAUGGUCCCCGAGCUCUGCCAACUCAACAUUUGCAUCCUAAAAGUACCCCAGCCCAGCCGCUUCAAGAUACCCGAGACAUGUCGAUAUUGAAACAAACCUCAUCGACACAGAUGAAAACUGCCUACUCUACAGAAAACAAAAACAAAACUUGGAAUAAAAAGAAAGAAACAAAUAUUGUUUACCCCAAUUAUCCUUCUGACCCAUCGGCAAACAAAUCAACCGUUUCUCCUUGGGACCAGAAGAAGCAAACGCACCCGUCCAACCAACACAAUCCAUUGGUCAAUAGCCAAAAUAUCCCCACAGCGCCAAAUCAACAAACAAAUCCGUCUGAACCUGCUGGACAAGUGAAGGAUCUUAAUAGCCAAGAUCAACGUCAAAGCCGUUAUGUACAACGUGUUAAUCUGAAUAACCAUGGCCAACAAGGAAACCGUAUUGUUCCCCGGCUUGCGGUUGGACAAAACCCAAACUAUCAAGACCAAGGUGUGCCUCCAAGUCGACCUGGAGGUUGGCAAUUGACAAACCCUUCCACCUAUGACCAGUUCCCUUCUGACACGUGGCAAGUGGUGGAGCCAUCACCUCAAGGCCAAAAUCCAUCUGACCCUUGGUUAUCAAGCCCAAAACACGCAAUCCAAUAGCUGGUUAACAAACACCAUGACAGUGCAUCCAAUGAUAUCAGUACAAAGAUCCUCCAACCCCGUGCUAUUGGUAAAAAAUUCAGAACAAUCGCAGGGACGUACAACACGAAACUAUCAAUACACAACAUGAGCCCAGUUCAACUAUAUUACUAUCUUAUAUUUGUGUUUCUACAAUGAAUAUAGUUCCGCCAAGAUAAAUAAAUGAAAGAAAUUGUCA